CUAACUAUCUGUACGUCUCAAUAUAAUUUCUCAUACAUAAUUUGCAUCUCACGGCCAGGCGAAACAUGGAUUGUUCCCAAUUCGAACAGCAGAUUUCCCUGUCAUCUCCGCCAAUGGCGUCGCAGCUUCCGCCGCUUCAUUUGCUGACAAUGGCUUCUACUUCUCUCUACAUUCCAAAAGAAAAUCCAAAAAGGCCCCUCGGAGAAGACUCCCAUUUCACCCUGGUCCAAAAAGGCAGAUCAACCUUUGGAGUGGCCGACGGAGUGGGCGGGUGGGCCGCGAAGGGCAUCGACGCCGGGAAGUUCGCGAGGGAACUGAUGAUUAACGUGACGGAAGUCCUAGAGCUCGCGCCACCGACUACUUCCGUAAACCCUAAGCGGGUCCUAGAAAAAGCGUUCAAGAAAACCUCCUCCGCCGGGACUUCCACCGCGUGCAUCGUCACCCACGCGGCGGGGACCGACACUCUGAAGGCAGUGAACGUAGGAGACAGCGGGUUUUACGUGAUAAGAGGCGGGAAAGUGGUGUACCGAUCUCCGGUGCAGCAGAGGAGGUUCAACUACCCGUAUCAGCUGGGGAAAGACGUCGGUGAUGGGCCGAGCGUGGCCCAGGAACUUGAAGUUAAGGUGGAGAAGGGAGAUUGGGUCGUGGCCGGGACGGAUGGGCUUCUGGACAAUGUGGACGUGGCCGAGAUUGAAGAGGCUGUGGAUGAGACGUACGCCAUGGGAGGGGGGUCGCAUAUGGCGGAGAGCUUGACGUUAUUGUUGGGAAACAUUGCUUUGAACAAUUCGUAUGAUAGGAAGAAGGAAACGCCAUUUUCAAGGGCUGCAAGAUUGGCCGGAUUGAACUAUUCAGGAGGAAAGAUUGAUGACAUUACUGUGGUUGUGGCAUACAUCAGUUAAAUUUUUUGUGAUACGGAGUAUGAAUUAACUUGAUUUAGGCCUUGUAUAUUACACAUUGGAAUUGUAUGAAUGAUUUUGAAUGUAUAUAGUACUCCCUUCUCUAAUAAUGGUUUUUGUUAAAUUUAAAGCUUUUCCUACUGAUU